UCGUGAUGGACGAGUAAGGCGAUUCUGCAGUAGCAUUGCUGAUGCGCCCUGGUUCGACAACUUCAUUAUUGCGUGCAUAGCGGUGUCGUCAGCACUCAUGGCUUUGGAUAGCCCUCUGCAUGACCCCACUUCGGGCUUGGCACGGUUCCUCGAUGUCACGAACACGUUGUUCACGUUCAUAUUCCUUGUGGAGAUGCUCAUCAAGUGGAUAGCCUUUGGAGUGGUCUUGAAUAAGGGCGCGUAUUGGCGUGACUCGUGGAACAUUCUUGAUGGAGUUGUGGUGAUCGUAUCGGUGGUUGACCUAUUGCCGAUGCUACCCGAUGUCUCUGUGCUCAAGACAUUGAGAAUGCUACGUGCCCUGAGGCCCCUGAGGGUCAUAUCUCGGAAUCCGAACCUGCGUUUGGUGGUUAACACGCUGUUCCGAAUCUUACCGGAGCUCUGCAACCUCCUCAUCGUGGGAGGACUCUUCUUCUUGAUCUUUGGUCUGUUUGGUCUGUCCUACUUCAAGGGAAAGUUCUACACAUGUCAA